GUGGCGCUGUUUCUCUAACCGUAAAGCUUCCGGUGUCACCUCACAGUAAAAAUGAAUGUGUGUGUAUUUUGGAAGACCUUUUUAUGAAAUAAAAUAGUGGAUCUAUACACAAAAGGGGUCGUUUUAACGACAUUAACUGCAAAGUGACUACGCUGCGAUUUUGGUAAACUAUGGAUCUUCCAACUGCUCCUGAAGACCAAGAGCUGAGGAAUGUCAUUGACAAGCUGGCCCAGUUUGUUGCCCGAAAUGGGCCAGAGUUUGAGAAGAUGACGAUGGAGAAACAGAAGGACAAUCCAAAGUUUUCCUUUCUCUUUGGUGGAGAGUACUUCAGCUACUACAAGUGCAAGCUCGCCAUGGAACAACAGCAGCAUCCCCCUACCCACGAAGGGGAGGAGUAUAAAUCGGAAGACCUGUACAACCCAGAAGCCAAAGACUUAGUCAUUCCUCCUCCACCGAUGCCCAUGAUUACUCCACCACCUAUUCCUCCACAAACCGCUCCCCCAAUUGAUGAGCUCAUCCAGCAGAGUCAGUGGAACCUGCAGCAGCAGGAGCAGCAUCUGCACUCACUCAGACAGGAGCAGGUGACUGCAGCCAUAGCUCUGGCCGUGGAGCAACAGACCCAGAAGCUCCUAGUAGAAACCCAGCUGGACAUCACAGAGUUUGACAACCUGCUGCAGCCCAUCAUAGACACUUGUACUAAAGAUGCCAUAUCUGCUGGAAAGAAUUGGAUGUUCAACAACGCCAAGUCUGCACACCACUGUGAACUGAUGACCUCACACCUGCGCAACCGCAUCACCACUGAAGGGGCUCAUUUUGAGCUCCGCCUGCAUCUCAUUUACUUAACCAAUGAUGUUCUUCAUCACUGUCAGCGAAAACAGCAGAAGGAUUUGUUGGCAGCCAUACAGAAAGUAGUGGUUCCCAUCUACUGCACCAGCUUCCUGGCUGUGGAGGAGGAGAAGCAGCAGAAGAUCACACGGUUGCUGCAGCUUUGGGAAAAGAAUGGAUACUUUAACGAUGAAACCAUCCAACAGCUCCAGAAUCCAGCCCUGGGCCUGGGCCAGUAUCAGGCUUCUCUGAUCACUGAGUACGCUGCCGUGGUUCAACCCAUCCAGAUGGCCUUCCAGCAGCAGAUCCAGGCUCUGAAGAACCAGCACGAAGAGUUUGUGACCAGUCUGAAGCAGCAGCAGCCUCCAACUGCCACCGUGCCACAGAUACCUGCCCCCAGUGAGACUGAGAAGGCUCCACCUAUGACCACACCAGCCGGGGAUGUGAAACCCCCCAUGGCAGGUCCUCCAGGGGAAUUUGAUGGAGCGCCCUCUAGAUCACAGGAUCCUAAUAAUCCCAGUGGAUCCUCAGAUAUUCCCUCCAGCAAGCCUGCAUGGUAUGACCCCCAGCACAUGGGCCCCUGGACUCCCAACCAGCCACCUCCUUUUGAUCCAAACCAACCUCCCCCUCCUUGCCCACCCUGGAACAGCCAUGAAGGAAUGUGGAAUGAUCAGAGAGAGCCAGGUAACUGGAGUGGAGGUCCACCCAGAGAGGGAGCUCCCUGGAGUGGUCCAGGUGGUUCUGAACCUGGCCCUCCAUCCUGGAACUCUUACGACCAGCAGCCACCUUGGGGGAAUCAGCCUGAUCAGCCACCCUGGGGCCAGAGAGAGCCGCCGUUUCCACCACGCAUGCAGAGACCCCCCCACUUUAGAGGACCCUUUCCUCCCCACCAGCAGCCUCCUCCUUUCAAUCAACCUCCCCCUCCACAUAACUUCGGGCGCUUCCCUCCACGCUUCAUGCAGGACGACUUCCCCCCCAGACACCACUACGACAGACCGCCGUACACACCGCAUCGCUUCGAAUACCCUCAGGGAGAGUUUCCUGGAGAAUUGCCUGGUCCUCCCCCUCCUCCACCUCCACCUCCUCCUCACCACCAUCCCAACCAGAGGCUCCCUCCUCCUGGCAUGGGGAGUGAGCAUCCUCCAUGGGGCGGAGCUCAGCACCCAGACUUUGGCCCACCUCCACCCGGCUUCAAUGGACACUCGCCACAUGUGCGCCAUCGCCAGCCUCCCGUACAAGACGACCCCAGUCUGGUGCCGAAUGUACCGUACUUUGACCUGCCUGCUGGUCUCAUGGCUCCACUGGUCAAGCUGGAGGACUGUGAUUAUAAACCUCUGGACCCUAAAGACAUCCGACUGCCUCCUCCCAUGCCCCCCAGUGAUCGACUGCUUGCUGCUGUUGAAGCUUUCUACAGCCCUCCCUCUCACGAUAGGCCUCGGAACAGUGAAGGCUGGGAGCAGAACGGCCUGUAUGAAUUCUUCAGAGCCAAGAUGAGAGCCAGGAGGAAGAAGGAUCAGGAAAAACGCAACAGUGGACAUGGAGCCACUCGUUCCAGGAGCCGUUCUCGCAGUAGAGGAAGAUCAACGUCCCGUUCCAGCUCUCACUCCUCAAAGUCCUCCAGGUCACGGUCCCGAUCCUCUCGUUCUCGCUCCCGUAGCCGCUUGCGCUCCUACUCUCGAUCACGGAGCCGUUCUCGCAGUAGAGGAAGAUCAACGAGUGGAUCCAGAUCAUCUCAGAGUCGCUCUCGCUCCAGAUCCAGGUCACGUUCACCCACCAAGAGACGCCGUGGCGCCAAGUCACGUAGCUCCUCCCCUCCCUCUACGUCAGUCAUGGCCGGUUCCUCCUCCUCCUCCUCCUCCAAAGGGUCUGGAGAUGCCAGAUUGGGGGAGGAGAACAAGGGGCAUCAGCUGCUCAUGAAGAUGGGUUGGAGCGGGUCAGGAGGUCUGGGUGCAAAAGAGCAGGGCAUCCAGGACCCCAUCAAAGGAGGUGACAUCAGAGAUAAAUGGGACCAGUACAAAGGCGUGGGCGUCUCACUGGACGACCCGUACGAGAACUAUCGCAGGAACAAGAGCUUCAACUUUGUGGCUCGUAUGAAGGCACGAGAAGAAGUGAAUCGAGAACCACAGGAGGCUCCGCCCACUGAGUGAUGUCACCAAACACUUUCUCUGGGACCUCCCUCUUCCCCCCAACCCUCAACAAGGAUGUGAACUUUGACCUGGACUACAGUCGUCACUUCUCUAUUCACGUUUCUCACAUUGACGUCAGAUACAACACAGAAGAAGAGGUGAGCGUUUUCUUCUUGGUUUUGUUAAAGUGUUGAACUGAACUGUGGACAGAACUGAGCACCAACUCAUCAACAGUCUGUGAACUGACUCUGGAACUACAGUCUAAACACAAAUUCGUUCUUAUUGGUUUCAAAGUUGAAUGUGAUAUACAGGUAUAAAUAUAUUUUCAACAAGUCUCAGACUUCUGAUCUACUGAUGGUGAUUGGUCUCCACGUCCAAUCACAGGACUAAACAAGUACCGUGGGAAAAAAACUUCACUAAGUGUGUUACGAUAUUUUACAUUGGGAUUUUUACUGUUUUCAUUCCUCCGUCAUUCAGGUAGUGACUUCAGCAAAAAAAAAAAAACUGAGAAUUGUGUGUUUAAGAAAGAGAAUUAUUUUGCGUGAAGCCGUUGGACUGUUUAUGUUUCACUGCUGUUUAUUCUGAUACAUUUUCCUAGAGCUUUGCAGGUCUGUCAUUUAGUAGUAUGAAAAUAAUCACACUAUUGACACAAUGAUCCUCAACAUGAACGGCAGCAACAAAAAGUCAUGAACUAAAUAAUAAACACAACUUCAUUGGUUUGCUUUUCUCUAACUUUGUCUCUGACUGUAAAUCCUGAGUGUUUGUGAUUCACCACGUCAGGUGCAUGAGGUCGUCUGUGCUUUUAUUUGUUUGUGCUUCAAGUCUUCUUGUCUAAAGAGUUCCUGUUGAGUAUCGUUAGUAACGGACCGGUAACUUGUCGCCUCAUGGGGGCACUAUUGUAAAAGGAAUGGAAGCCGAGCAGCGCGUACAGUUGAUGAAUCAGUGAGUGAAGACUGGAGAAGCAAGAACAGACUCCAAAGUGUGUCUUUGUCUAGGCCAUCUCCAACAUUAAUAAGGUCCAAUAAAUGUUUGGUUAAAAUAA